AUGCGACGUCAAUACAACGCGCUGCAGUGCUAUCUUACUGCAACGAUUAGCGCGAUCUUCCUUAUUUUUGCACUUACCUGCGACUCGUUCGCCUAUGCCGACUCUCCCAAUGUUCCGGAUACAGAGGACACCUUGACCCUCCGAGGGGCUGUUAUCAGCGACGGGGCAGGACUCCCACUUACGCUGGACUCGUUCAAUGGGCUGGAACUUCGUGACAGUGUCGACGAAGAUGGCGAGUCAAAUGGGCUGGAGCUUGUGCGGAGAGCCCCUAAUGCCGCGAAAGCAUUAGGCAACAACCAAUUCGCGCCGGGCGAGCUUGAGCUCGGUCUUGUUCAAUGGUUCUACCUGCCCCACGAUGUGGUGAACGGCAAACACGAUCCCAAAGGCAAGGGCCUUCCUGCAUAUUUAAAUGCUACGGUUAAAGAUGACCAUGAUACCGCCCGUGAGCUACGAAAACGAGACGAGGACUUCUCAAAGCGAGCGAUGACGACAGUCUACUUAUCGCUCACGACCUGCCAAAAGCCACUUGCCAAUGUGACCAACCCACAAGACGGAUUUCCACAACUACAGAUGUAUGUGUCGACUUCGAAGGAACUACAACAGCCAGGACCGGGCAAAGACGACUCGCAGCAGGAUAUGCACACUGCCGUUGGCGGGCAUGUGGGAAUCACCAUUGACGCGGACAGCGACGUCUUCAUCGGCGUCGCAGCGCCUAAUUCAACCGACUACAUUGGAAGUUACAAGUACCAGAUUGCAGCGUCUAUUGAUGCCUUUUUUCACAGUAUUGUGGAAGAUGACCCAAAUCUGUUCUUCAUCGACGCGGACGUAUCAUCCGCGCUGCUGGUGACGAACAACCUCACGCUGUCCGAGUCCAACUCCUCAAAUUACCGUCAAUGGAUGAACAUCGUCCCGCCAUAUACUAUGUUUGCCCACAACAUCAACGACACAGCACUGGAGGGCUUGGAGAAAUCGUUCUGCGCCCUCGAUGAGCUUUCGCAGAUGGGUCGAAUCAGUAAUUCAACUGAGGUUGGCAUGACCAAUCGUGGACUUGGAAAUAAGCCCAAAGAACAGUUCUAUAUUACCGGACUGAACCAAAGUUCCUCAUACAGCGGACUUCUAGCUAUGAUUGGCAAUUCGACCGCGUCUGGCAAUGGCAUCAUCGGCGGCGGCGGCAAGGUAUGGAAACCGAUGAACUUUACAACGAAAACAGAUGAUAACUGCGCCGUGCUAUUCAACCUAACCUUCUGCUCAGAAGUGGCAUACGCAGUCCCGUCAAACCCUAAACUAAGCGUCGACAAACUCCGCACAAUCUACGACGACCACGCCGCCGCCUACUACCAGAACUUCAAUUACUCCCUGCAACAAAUCCAAUGCAACGCAACCCAAGAAUCAAUGUUCUCCCUCGCCGUCGACUGCGAUGACUGCGCAAGCGCCUACAAACAAUGGCUCUGCGGCGUCACAAUCCCCCGCUGCGCGGACUACAGUAACGAUGCCGACUACCUGUUCAUCCGUAACGCGGGCCAAUCUUUCAUAAAUGGCUCUUCCCUACCGGAUGACAGUCCGCACCGCAAACUCGUGGCGACGAAUAAAUCCCGCAAUGCUAUCAUCGAUGAGCAGAUCAUGCCUGGUCCUUAUAAGGAGAUCCUUCCUUGUGAGGAUAUCUGUCAUAACCUCGUUCGGAGUUGUCCGUCCGCACUUGGCUUCGAGUGUCCUACGGGAGAUUUGGUGGCUUCUUCCUACGGACAGCGGCCCCUUCGGAAUGAGACGGGCAUAAUUACUUGCUCUUAUCUUGGAGCUGUGUAUUAUUUGAAUCUUGGGGUGAGGAUGGGUGCUUGGGGUUGGUUGUUUAGUUUGCUGGUUAUGGGGGUUAUGUACUUGAUGUAG